AUUUUCUGUAAAGGCAGGAUAAUUUUUCCAACGUUUUCUAAUUCGUUACUGAACUAGCAAAGCAAUGGGUUCGUAUCCAUAAAAGAAGGAGAAUUAGUAUUUCUGAAAAUCCAUAUGAUGGGCUUCUUAAUUGCAUGAUGAGAUAUCUUCAAAUUGCUCUUUCAUUUGCUCUCGUUGUUUCCUCUGCCUUUAAAGAUAGAGAGUCAGAGAGGAGGUUCAUGUGCUCAUAGCUGGUGGUUUAUACUAGAAAUUGGAAAAUCUAUCUCAUGACCUUGAGCUUGAAAGGAGAUAAAAAGGAGAAUCAAACUAUAUAUUAAGGAAGAAAUUCCUCACAGACUGAGAACAAGUAUUUGAAGUCUCUUACAAGAUGGCUCAUUGGAAGGACGAUCAACCGCUUGUUAUCUACAACGCAACUGGACGGUGCAUGGCCGGCUUUGCUGGGGAUGAUUCUCCAAAGGCUGUUUUCAAAACUAUAGUUGGUCGUCCUCGUCACACUGGCGUCAUGGUUGGAAUGGGACACAAAGAUGUCUAUGUUGGUGAUGAAGCUCACUUUAAAAGAGGUAUAUUGACUCUGAAAUAUCCCAUUGAACAUGGUAUCGUAAGGGGCUGGGAUGAUAUGGAGCAAAUCUGGCACCAUACAUUUUACAAUGAGCUCCGUAUUGCUCCUGAGGAGCAUCCCGUUCUUCUGACUGAGGCACCACAUAACCCCAAGGUUAACCGAGAGAAAAUGACUCAAAUCAUUUUUGAGACAUUCAAUGUGCCAGCCAUGUAUGUCGCAGUCCAGGCUCUUCUUUCUCUAUAUGCUAAUGGUCGUAUUACUGGUAUUGUUCUUAACUCUGGUACUAGUAUAAGCCAAACUGUCCCAAUAUAUGAGGGACAUGCACUUCCGCAUGCUAUCUCGCGGUUAAAUCUUGGUGGCCGUCAUCUUACAGAGUAUCUAUGGAAGAUUCUCUCGGAGAGUGGUUUUCCAUUUAAAUCAAGUUUCAUUGAUAGUUCUCAUAUGAAGAAGACGAUUGCUUAUGUUGCACUGGAUUUUGAACAAGAGAUUGAAAAGGCAAAAAAAAGCUCAAAAUCAGUUGAGAAGGGCUAUGAGCUUCCUGAUAGACAAGUCAUUAAUAUUGGUGCAGCAAGAUUCCGUUGUCCUGAAGUCCUCUUCCAACCAUCGUUGAUUGAAAUGGAAGCAACAGGAAUUCAUGAAAAAAUCUACAAUUCAAUCAUGAGAUGCGAUAUUGAUAUUAGGAAAGAUUUAUUUUCAAACAUUGUGCUUAGUGGUGGCUCAACUAUGUUUCCUGGCGUAGCACAACGUAUUAGCAAAGAAAUCACUUCUCUUGCUCCAAGCAGCACGAAGAUUGAGGUGGUUGCACCACCUGAGAGGAAGUACAACGCUUGGAUAGGAGGAUCAAUUCUAGCUUCCCUCAGUACUUUCAAAAAAAUGUGGAUAACAAAGGCCGAGUAUGAUGAAAUUGGUCCCUCUAUUGUCCACAGGAAGUGUUUCUAAUUUGGUGAUAUGAAUAUGAAUGCCAAAAUAGUUUGAAAAUCCAAAGGACUGAAGAAGCAUUUUUGUCCAACCUUGGCAAGAAAUGAAGUGACCGUUGAGCAAGGCAGUCCAUCAACUGCAAUGUUACUGCACACAUAGCUAACAAAAAGCAAGCUCUCUUUCUAGUUCAAAUUCUUGUUACUUUUAUAUUGUUCCUUAGGUACCUGCAACCAGACGGGCCUAAGUGGGUCCCGGGUUAAGUGGGCCGGUCCCGGGCCUAAGUAGGCAUAAACGGGCCUAAGCGGGCCCAACAGAUACUUUCUAUUUUAA